AUGUCUGCAACUCGUGUAGUUAAUGUUACGACCACAAUAAAGAAAGAAAUAAAACCUUUAGAAGAAGAGAAAGUAGAAGCAACGACGCAUUUAUAUUCGACUAAAUUAUCAAGAACAACUUCUUCACGUUCAACAUAUGAAGUUAAACAUCAUGAUGAUUAUUUGCUCGAACAAUGGCAACGUCAUGGAACAGAGGUUGCACUUAAACGAUUACAUAAUUCUCAGUUUAUCACUAUGGAGUUUCUCAAUCAAGUAUGCCAUCUCCAAUCUUUGAAUAUCUAA